AUGGGCUCCCUUUCCAACUAUUCUAUAGACCGCAGCCUGUCAACACAACAGGAGCACUCGCCUGCUACUGCUGCUGUUCCUGCUGCUGCUGCUUCCCCUGCUUCUGCUCCUGCUGCACACUACCAUCAGCAGCAACUGGAGCAGCAGCAGCAGCAGCAGCAGCAGCAGCACUACCACCCCCAUCAACUUCAUUGGGAACAGUUGCAGUCGCAGACCUACACUUACCAGCAGCAGCAGCAGCAACUGCAGCAACAGCAGCAGCAACUUCAGCAGGAGCAACUGCUGCAGCAGCGACGGCAGCAGCAACUACGACAGCAGCAGCAACAACAACAACGUCAGCAGCAGCAACAACGUCAGCAGCAGCAGCAGCAGCAGCAGUCUGCAUCUCCGUCUCCUGCUGCCUUUUCUAUCCCUAAAGAUGUUGUUGAAGGAUUUGACCUCUUAGAUCUUGCUGGAUCUUCUCGUUGUCCUUCCCCUAAUGACACUGCUGCCUCUGGUAGUGCACCGGGCACUGGGGGGGCCCCCUCAGCUGUACCCUGUUCAACAUCGGGGGCCCCCAGUACUGCAGACGCAGAGCUGCAGCAGCUAAAUGCUGCCUUUUGUUAUGAACCCCCACCAACCCCUUACUUCCCUCCCCAUCCAGGGGGGCCCCCUGCUGCUGGGGGGGGGCCCGAGGGGCCCCCCUUAGACCAGGGGGCCUUGCAGCUGCCAAGAUCCGCUGUACCCAUGCAAACUCCCUAUUCCAACGGACACGCAGCUGAUGCGCAGCAGCAGCAGCAGCAACAGCAACAGCAGCAGCAAGGAGGCACCAACGCCCCGACCUCAAACUUUCAUCCCGGCCCGUACAGGGGCUCCUCGCAAUUAAACAUUCAGGGGGGCCCCUUUGGAGCCCCCCAAGGGGGCCCUCAAGGGGGCCCCCAUGAAGGCCCCCAAAGGGGUACAGGGACACCAAGGAGUGAAGAGUUGUUUGCGGAUCUGAUGGAGUUGGCUUCUGACAAAUUGAAUAUAUCUUUGUCGCCACGACGGCAGACUUCUCUGUCUAAACCCUAA